CGCUCUGCUCCACGCCCCUGCCCUCUACCUAAGCAUUGGGAUAUGUAGGAAAUAUCCGUGGAGAGAUGGGCUGAAACUCCUUUCGGUUCGUCCUAAAAGAUCUCUCAAGCGACCUAUAGGAUUUCCGAAAGAACAUAAAUAUCAUACAGUGGAAUGAGCAGGCUGAGGUGGGGAGAUGCCUUACGUGGAUCGGCAGAACCGGAUCUGUGGCUUCCUGGACAUCGAGGAGAAUGAGAACAGUGGCAAAUUCCUCAGACGCUACUUUAUCCUGGACACCAAGGAGGGUAGCCUGGUGUGGUACAUGGACAACCCACAGAACCUGCCCAAAGGAGCUGAAAAUGUUGGCUCCCUCAAACUCACCUACAUCUCCAAGGUGAGUGAUGCCACAAAGCUGCGACCAAAGGCGGAGUUCUGCUUCGUCAUCAAUGCUGGUAUGAGGAAGUUCUACCUCCAGGCCAAUGAUCAGCAGGAUCUGGUAGAGUGGGUCAACGUGCUCAACAAUGCCACCAAGAUCACAGUGCCAAAGUCGGGGGAUGGCCAGCCCAGUGCAGAGAUGACCCAGGAGGGGCUGGGUGCCACAAAGCAGAUCUCCUAUAAGACAGAGAUCAUAGGUGGAGUACCCAUCAUCACUGCCACACAGGAGCAGGGCGACGGGGGGCAGAACGGAGCAGAGCGGGGGGGCCAGCGGAAGGCCCACAGCCAGCUGCCCUACUUCCUGGGGCGAGGGGCGCAGGACCAGGCGCUCAUCAAGGCUGGAUACUGUGUGAAGCAGGGAGCCGUGAUGAAGAACUGGAAGAGGAGAUACUUCUUACUGGAGGAGAACGCAGUCAGCUACUUUAAGUCAGACCUGGAGAGGGAGCCUCUGCGUGUGAUCCCGCUGAAAGAGGUUCACAAAGUUCAGGAGUGCAAACAGAGUGACUUAAUGCAGAGGGACAAUCUAUUUGAAGUCGUCACAAGCUCAAGGACCUUCUACAUGCAGUCGGACAGUCCAGAGGAGAUGCACAGCUGGAUCAAGGCCAUCUCAGGAGCCAUUGUGGCCCAGCGGGGGCCUGGACGCUCAGCUGCCUCUAUGCGUCAGGCCCGUCGGCUGUCGAACCCUUGUAUACAGAGGUAUACAUUCCGCAAUGGAGCACAGCGACCACUCUACCACCAGCAUCCCUUCCAGCUUCUACUGCAGCAGCAACCACGGGGGACCCCCCGCCCCUCGCUCGCCAGUCCAGGCAGAGCCACCCUACCCCCAGCCUCAGGGGGGCCCGGGCCCUUACCUGGGACAGCCAGGACUUCAUGGGCCUGCUGCCCUGGCGAGGCCACCCGGGGGCACCACCCCGCUCCCGCCUCUCCCUCCAGGAGACCCCCCGCCUGUCCAAGUAAGCGCCUCGUCCCUGUACCACACCAACGCCGACCUGGAGGACCUGUCGCCAUGGAGACGGCGCAGCGAAGUAGAGGGCGACCAACCGGAAAUCUCCACCCUCAGCUUCGAGGACUCAGACCUGCAUGUCAGCCAGGUGUGAGCCUCUAGUCUAACCCCUGACCUUUGACCCCUAACCCCUGCCUCAUAGGACACCGCAAGCUCUCACCCAUAACCCCACUCCCCUAUUCCCUCCACCACCUGACCUUCACUCCCCAUGCACAGAACCUGCUCAUUGGAUGUGGAUGCAGGUGGAUUCACACUGACACAAGGCGGACUGGACAGUUAUCACCAACGACAAAUGGAAAGCCAAUCAGAAGUUACCAAAAAAUGGAGCUGAACCAAUCAGAGCCGACCUGGCCCUCAGGAACACAGGAAGUGGUCCCUGGUUGUGAUUGGUGAUCGUCUACUCUACCCCUGUAUCGAGAGCUUCUCUUAACACAGCCAAUGGCGUGAUGUGUCAGGGCAAGGAGACCUCGUCAGGUGUUUGGUUUUAGUUCAGUCUCUUUUGUUGUUGAUAUUUCUGUUGGGUGUUGCUCUUUCUCUUUCGUUGUUGAUAUUUCUGUUGGGUGUUGCUCUUUCUCUUUUGUUGUUGAUAUUUCUGUUGGGUGUUGCUCUUUCUCUUUCGUUGUUGAUAUUUCUGUUGGGUGUUGCUCUUUCUCUUUCGUUGUUGAUAUUUCUGUUGGGUGUUGCUCUUUCUCUUUCGUUGUUGAUAUUUCUGUUGGGUGUUGCUCUUUCUCUUUCGUUGUUGAUAUUUCUGUUGGGUGUUGCUCUUUCUCUCUUGUUGUUGGCAUUGUGUGGUAUGAUUCAAUAACAUCAUCCCCUGUCCAUUGGCUAAAGAGGUUACUGAUUUGGCUUACUCUGCUGAGAAACUCACUGCUCACGUUUCUCCACCUUCUCCUCCUUCUCCCUGACGUCACGUGAUUUACUGUUAUCAGGGUUGUUGGGCCUAAUUUAAAGAGGCGCUAGAUGUUAUUUUUAUUGACAGUUAUGUAAACUAAAAAUGUGUAACUGUCGACAAUGAGACAACCCCACUCAUACACACAAUGGUUUAGAUUUGUAUGUACUUUUAAAGAUGUUAAAUAUAUUUGAUUUUAAGCAGACCAUUUAGUUUUUAUCCAAAGCAUGCCGUUAUGGAAGCACCUGAUGAAAUAUGAAACCGGAAUCUUAAAAAUAACCUGUCGAAAUUCCGUGCGCCAUUCUUGCUUUCAGGUGUUUUUUGGAGUGAGUGGGUCUUGUGUAUAUUUAUGUUUUCAGUAAAUCCUUUAGAAAUGCUCUGAAGUCCUUAUGUUCUAAUGAAAGUUACACCUGUUGUGUUCGUUCAGACUCUCUCUUUCUCUCUCAAUCAGUCAUACACACACACACACACACACACACUGUCACACCUAUGUGUUUUGCCAAAUGUAAGUCCUGAACUGUAAUGUUAUGUGCCUGUCAACGUGAGCAUGCAUUUGUAUAGUGACUUCUCCCUCAGGAGGACAGAUAUGCACAGGUACAGUACAUCUAUAGGCCUGUGGGUAGGGCCUUUUAACUGGCACUUUGUGGAUACAAUAUGGGCAGAUAAUCUGCCCGCUACACUUGAUCUGUUUUAUGGGUGUUUCUUCGACAUCCUCUUCUCUUUUCUACUGUAUGAGUACUAUACUACUUUUCUCAAUGCUGUGACGGUUUGUUUGUGUGUCUGUGGGGGAGACAUAGGGUACCUGCGUUGCCAAUAUGGUGGAAGACGGGAGGAGGGUUUGACCUUUGGCCUCAGCUGUGUGCUCUUCCUGUUUUUACUGUGUUGCACAACUCUUACUGUAACAGCUGCUAAAGUGCCUGCGUUCUUUCUAUAGAGGAAAAAAAACAACAAGAAGCUAUUUUGACCCUUUUAAUUGUGUACCUGAUGUUCUUAAAUCGUGUGCAUUAUUUAUUAAGUGGAGUUUGAAAAUAAAUCAAUGGAUUCAA